AUGUCUAAUGCAAAAGAAAGAAAACAUGCUAAGAAAAUGAGAAACCAACCCACCAAUGUGACUUUAUCCUCUGGCUUUGUGGCUGAUAGAGGAGUAAAGCACCGUAACAGAGGUGGGAAACCUUUCCAAGCUCAAAGACAAGAAAAGGCACUGAUUCAAGACUUGUUCUUAAAGAUGUUGUCAUUUCCUUUGACAGCUUCCACUUUUGCUCAAGCGCGAGCUGCUGAAAUCAGUGCUAUGUUAAAAGCCGUGACCCAGAAGUCUUCUAAUUCACUGGUUUUCCAGACUCUGCCACGGCACAUGAGACGAAGGGCCAUGAGCCACAAUGUCAAACGCCUUCCUAGACGAUUGCAGGAGAUCGCUCAGAAAGAGGCAGAGAAAGCUGUACAUCAGAAAAAAGAACAUUCAAAAAAUAAAUGCCACAAAGCUCGAAGAUGUCACAUAAACCGGAUGCUAGAAUUUAACCGUAGACAAAAGAAGAACAUAUGGUUAGAAACGCAUAUCUGGCAUGCCAAACGGUUUCACAUGGUCAAGAAGUGGGGCUACUGCCUCGGAGAGAGGCCAACAGCCAAGAGCCACAGAGCCUGCUAUCGAGCCAUGACACAACAUUGCCUCCUUCAGGAUUUAUCCUACUACUGUUGUUUGGAGUUGAAGGGCAGAGAGGAAGAAAUACUAAAGGCACUUUCUCAAAUGUGUAGCAUAGACACAGGAUUGACGUUUGCAGCAGUUCACUGCUUGUCUGGAAAGCGCCAAGGGAGUGUCAUGCUUUACCGGGCAAAUAAAUAUCCCAGAGAAAUGCUUGGGCCUGUUACAUUUAUUUGGAAGUCUGAGAUGAUCCCAGGUGACACCUCUGAGAGCAGGCAGUUGUGGAUCUGGCUUCAUCCAGCUGUUAAACAGGACAUAUUAGAGGAAAUAAAAGCAGUGUGCCAGUGUACAGAACCUAUCAAAUCAACUGUCUGCAUCCCUGAGCUUCUGACAUCAUCUCAAGAAAAAAACCAUACUGAACUGCCUGAUGAGAAAAUUGGCAAGAAAAGAAAAAGGAAAGGUGAUGGAGAAAAUACCAAACCAAUUAAAAAAGUUGUUG